GCGUCUGCUCUGUUUUUCUCCCUGCUGCAGCCGAAGUGAACCCAGCCAUUUUCCAGCGUCCCCAUCUGCAAAUUGGUAAGAGAACUUGAUGAUUUUUGUUCCCCUCUUACCCAAGAACAAGUCUAGGACUUUGAACUUCUCUCUUUUGCAGAAAAGCCGCCGGAUCUGCUCUGCUUCUUCCCCCUCUGCCGCCUGCUGCUGCUGGUUUUUCUUGAAGUUGCGUGAAGUUCCCCUGCAAUUUUUCCCGCCGGCUCCUCCCAUACUCGCCAGCCCCAGCUUUGCUUGUUGAGCAUUUUUGGUCCUUGAUUGCCCUGUGAUCUUAGCACUUGGAUUAGGCCUUCUGUUCUGCGUGACUAAGGUAGUGAGACCCGACGCGUGGGAAGCCCGGGAGAGUGACGAGCUAGACGGCUAGGCAUUUUUGGAGUUAGUUCUGUAGCUAGGCCGUUAGUCACCCAUGCGGAUUUAGGACUUUUGUGUACAGGAUUUAGUGUUAGUCAUGAUUGUAUAUAUAAAGUGAUAAAUUUUGUACAUUCGCUGGUAACUAUUUGGUAAAGUAAAAAGGCUUAGAUCUG